GGCAAGCCCCAGAACUACUAAUCUUCCACGAACGUUUCUACUCGGCCAGUCUUGCUCAUUCGUUUUCAUCAGUCUUUAAGCUCGUUUUUUCUCAGCAUGCCCGCGCUCCCUGCUCACCUCUUCAUUCGCCGCGUCCUCGCUUUUGGGAUCCCCUCGCACGAAUUCAGCGAGCAGUGGAAAAACCCGUCAGACGUCUUUUCUGUGCUCCUCAUCCUCGGCGGUGAUGUCGUUGCUCGCGCCCUUGCACAGCUCGCUGGAUCCGGCAUAGCGCCAGUCGCUUUUUCAUUCGGAUGGGUCGCAUACGCAGUUACAGCUGUCGUGUCCGCCAUUGGCGAAAACAAGCUCAUGCCGCUGCCCGACUGUCAGUGUAAAAUCAUCAAUGCAAAGACAGGCUACGUCCGCGACAACUGCAGCUGGAUCCUCGGCCGUGUUGUGCGUGACUUUGAGAGCUGGAUGGAUGAGGGAAAUAGCAGCCGCCCGAUUCAGUCGUGCGUUGAGAAAAUGAUUGACGAGAAAUGGACCGUCCUGCGUGCAACAGACUCUGCCGCUAAACGUCCCUCGCAAACUGGUCUCUGCGUAUCCGUCUAUACUGCCUUGCAGGCCCGGCCAGGUCACCUGCGAGCCGGCUCUUACCUACUUGGUCUGGCGACAAUCGUGCUCCAGCUUUUCAUCGCCGCCAUUCCUUGCUUCCUAUUUGGCGACUGGAGCAUCCUCCUGGUCACGGCCAUUGGCACCGUCCUGGCUCUGCUCAACGGCAGUCUAUCGCAAUGGGCAAACGAGAAAUGGGCGUGUCGCCGCAACUCGAACAAGACCGUCAUUCUGACUAGAGGAAAUGGUAGCCAGCAUGCCAUUGUCAUCAUGGCCAACAGCCGAGGCUUGGAUCUCGAGGACCUAGCCGCCGGCCCUACAAACGUCAAUGUUUCCGCCUCGUACACCACCCGAAUCACCGUCUUUGGCCUCGCCGCAUGCUGGAUUCUGCUCCUAAUUACCGCCGCCGGCAUACAAGAACACUCGUGGUUCCUGCUCGCCGUCGGCACCAUCGGCAUCAUCCAGAACAUUUUUGUCGCUGGCUGGCGGCGCAGUCCCGCUGAUUUCGGUAUCCCCCUUGAAUUCCAAACUGUGAUUGGGAACCCCAAAGUCAUGAGCUGCCUUUUUGAAGUUGAAGAGACGUUGCCCUAUGUAGGGCGGAGCCUCCUCGACACGUUUUUUCCUGGCAUCUUGCGCCCUGACGAGAAGGCGAGAUGGGCGGCGCUUGAGGAGUCAGCUGCGGAUCGGCUCAAAGCUAGGAAUCAGGUCUCGGCGACUUGGAUUCAUUCUUCUUGAUUUUAUUACAUCGACGCAAUUAU